GUAGAGGGAAAUGUGCGUGAGCGUGUGGACUGAGGGAAGCCCCUAGUUAGCCAAGAGUGGAAACAUGGAUGAUGAUGAAGUCGCCGAGAGCUGGGAGGAGGCCGCCGACAGUGGGGAAAUGGAGAGAAGACUAGAGGAAAAGCUUCGAAUCAGUCAGAAAGAAAGACUUUCAAGUGGCAGUUCGAGUCGUCCUCUGAUGAGAACAGCAAUCGUAAUUCAGGACGACUCCCUCCCCGCAGCUCCCCCACCACAGAUUCGUAUUUUGAAGCGACCCUCCAGUAAUGGAUCUUUAGGAUCGUCUGUGACGCAGACUCGACCCUCCCCGCAAGUUAAAUCCUUAGCUCAGCGAGAGGCAGAAUACGCAGAGGCCAGGAAGAGAAUCCUUGGCAGUGCUACUCCUGAUGACACUCCACAGGAGAGACCCAUUUCAGACCGAUCUCCACGUGGAAGCAGCCAUACACUUUCAGAGGAAAACCGAUCAGGAAACCAUGUUGUUCGACAGCCAGCAGGUCCAGAUGGUACACAAGGCUUUCACCAGCGCAGAUAGGAAUAGCAGCCUUUCCUGGGAGGAAGCGAGAGGCGAUAGUGAAAUACGGUCUCCCAAAAUACGGUUGAAAAUCAAGUCAUUUUUAUCAAUAUUUAGGAUGUGGGAUGUUUUUCAAAUAAGUAUAAAAAACCCUCUUGAAUUCAGCACGGCGUGUGUGGAAUGUAACGGGGGAAAGGAACAUGAUCCAGAGGAGCGGAUGGGGAACGUUCCCUGCUUUUUACACUGUGAUGAGGACCUCGCUUCCGGACGCUGCUCACUGUGAUGUCCAGCCCCUACCCCUCAAAAUCAAAAGGAAAAUAGAGAGAAUCUAAACCGAAUGGCAGAACUAUUGUCCCUUCCUCGCGUAACUCAGCCAUCACUGGCAGCCAGCCUGAAAAGUCAUGCAAGCAAGCCCUCUGAAGAGACAUUUGAAAUGGAAGCUCACAAGUGCUGGAUGUGCUUGAACCGAUAAAAGGAUGGUACGAGGCACCAGCUUCCUUCAGCAAUAAUUCUAGAAAUAUCACUCUUCAGACCUCCCUUCCACACUGUACUCUCAAGCUUUUGUAUUGCUUGGGUUUGUCUUUUGUUUUAAUUUUGGUUAUUACUGGCUCGGUCUGAUAAUUGCCAUAUGUUUUUAAAUGGGUAAGAAACAGUGAGGGUAUAAUGCGGAAACUUAAGCUGACUUUAAGUUCUUUAUUGUUUACGGUUACUUUUUUGUUGCUGUUAUUGUUUUACUCAUGAGUCUUCCUCUGACUGUCCUGAUUUCUACAUGAAGUGAAAAGAAUAAAAACAAAAUCUAGUCCAGAAUUAAAUGAUUGCAGCGAAUGGCAUUUUUAACCCAUUUCUAUGGCUUUUAUAUGAUUUUAAAGGUAGUCAAUUUUAGAUCUGUGCUUUUUUAAGUGAAAUCCAACAGAAGGAUGAGUUCUAUAAAUGUUUGUUGUGCUGGGAAGAACCGAAGGGAGUGAGGCGGGUGGGGGGGGGGGGGGGGGUGGGGGAUGAUUUCGCUGGCUCCCCUCGCCUCACUUCCUCGUCAGAUCUGCUGUUGGCCAUUUUCUUUUCUUUACUUAUGUAGGAACUCAGGUUGUUGUGAGGAAAUAUGAGCGAAUGAAUGAAGUUGUGUAUCAGUGAAUAGGUUUUUAAUUGAAUGAUGGUGCAAUGUUAAGCUUACAUGAAGUAUGGCUUCAAGAUCAUUUGAAAGACACCUCUAUGACUGGAUUACAGAAUAUCCUAUAAGAGAUUAUUUAACUUUAUUGAAACCUAAGAGAAAAAGUGUCACACCGGUGGCUUGACAACGCAACUUUAUUGGAGUGUUGAGUCAGUUGACUUAGUUGCUUUGGCUCUUGCAAUACAAUGUCUAUACAUGAAGAGCCAUACUACCUUUCCUAACUGUAACUCCCUGCUUUUUUCUUUCUUUUUUUUUUUUUUUAAGUUUCCUUCCUAAGCCUUUGUCUCCUGUGCUGUCCAGGAAUGAUAUCUCUGACUCCUGCAGUUUAUGGAAAUACCCUUUAAUCUGAUAUGUCAUUGUUCAACCAUUGUGCUGUAACAAAUCAGACCAGACGGGUGUCAUGCCCUGUCUGAGAACACAGAAAUCUGUCUGUAAAUACUUUUCAAAAUGCCCAUUUAAUAAAGACUUUUUAAAUAA